AAGCCCAGCUUGGUUAACUGUGAGUUAAAGCUGGAGUGUUGCUGCAGCAUUAUAGAGGAGUGAGCAGCUGCGUCUGGAGUUGGGGGGUUUGAGUGAAGACUUUGCAGUUGGUCAUGAGUCUUGGUUUGAUGUUCAGGCUACUUUGGAUUUGCCUUUUCUUCUUGACUGAUGUAGGCCUAUGCAGUCCUCGCCUUCAAGGGCUGGAAGUGCCCCAGAGUUUUGGGUACUUUGGCUCCAGACCGAGGCCUCCUGGCGGUGCCCCUGUGUCUUCUGUGAGUGACCACAGCUUCACGAACGGUGAAGAUGCAUCCUCAAGUACCAAUGAACCUGUUCAGGAGAACUUAAGUUCACAUCAGGAGAAAAUGAUUCCUGUGUGGACUUUCAGUGCGGCUCAGGAGGCCCCGGCAUGGAUCAAGAGGCCUCCAGCUCCAGUGAAUAAGAAACCCAAGAUGCCUGAGGCUCCAGCCCAAGAGCCCCCAGCAUGGGUUCAGACGCCCCCGGCAUGGAAUAAGAUGCCUCCGGCUCCAGUGAACGAGGUGCCUGAGGCUCCAGCCCAAGAGCCCCCAGCAUGGGUUCAGAUGCCCCCGGAAUGGAAUAAGAUGCCUCCGGCUCCAGUGAACGAGGUGCCUGAGGAUCCAGCCCAAGAGCCCCCAGCAUGGGUUCAGAUGCCCCCGGAAUGGAAUAAGAUGCCUCCGGUUCCAGUGAACGAGGUGCCUGAGGCUCCAUCCCAAGAGCCCCCAGCAUGGGUUCAGACGCCCCCGGCAUGGGAUAUGAUGCCUCCAGCUCCAGUGAACAAGAAACCCAAGGUGCCUGAGGCUCCAGCCCAAGAGCCCCCAGCAUGGGUUCAGACGCCCCCGGCAUGGAAUAAGAUGCCUCCAGCUCCAGUGAACGAGGUGCCUGAGGCUCCAGCCCAAGAGCCCCCAGCAUGGGUUCAGACGCCCCCGGCAUGGAAUAAGAUGCCUCCGGCUCCAGUGAACGAGGUGCCUGAGGCUCCAGCCCAAGAGCCCCCAGCAUGGGUUCAGAUGCCCCCGGAAUGGAAUAAGAUGCCUCCGGCUCCAGUGAACGAGGUGCCUGAGGAUCCAGCCCAAGAGCCCCCAGCAUGGGUUCAGAUGCCCCCGGAAUGGAAUAAGAUGCCUCCGGUUCCAGUGAACGAGGUGCCUGAGGCUCCAUCCCAAGAGCCCCCAGCAUGGGUUCAGACGCCCCCGGCAUGGGAUAUGAUGCCUCCAGCUCCAGUGAACAAGAAACCCAAGGUGCCUGAGGCUCCAGCCCAAGAGCCCCCAGCAUGGGUUCAGACGCCCCCGGCAUGGAAUAAGAUGCCUCCAGCUCCAGUGAACAAGAAACCUAAGGUGCCCAGUGUCCCUGUGGCUUCUGUGAGCGACCAUAGCUUGACGAACGGUAAAGAUGCGUCACGUUCCAAUGAACCUGUUCAGGUAAACCUAAAUUCCCAUCAAGAGAAACUUAUUCCUGUGUGGACUUUGAGCGCGGCUCAGAAGUUCAAGACACCUGGGGCUCCAUCCCAAGAGCCCCCAGCAUGGGUUCAGACGCCCCCGGCAUGGAAUAAGAUGCCUCCAGCUCCAGUGAACAAGAAACCCAAGGUGCCUGAGGCUCCAGCCCAAGAGCCCCCAGCAUGGGUUCAGACGCCCCCGGCAUGGAAUAAGAUGCCUCCAGCUCCAGUGAACAAGAAACCCAAGGUGCCUGAGGCUCCAGCCCAAGAGCCCCCAGCAUGGGUUCAGAUGCCCCCGGAAUGGAAUAAGAUGCCUCCGGCUCCAGUGAACGAGGUGCCUGAGGCUCCAGCCCAAGAGCCCCCAGCAUGGGUUCAGACGCCCCCGGCAUGGAAUAAGAUGCCUCCGGCUCCAGUGAACGAGGUGCCUGAGGCUCCAGCCCAAGAGCCCCCAGCAUGGGUUCAGACGCCCCCGGUAUGGAAUAAGAUGCCUCCAGCUCCAGUGAACAAGAAACCUAAGGUGCCCAGUGUCCCUGUGGCUUCUGUGAGCGACCACAGCUUGACGAACGGUGAAGAUGCGUCACGUCCCAAUGAACCUGUUCAGGUAAACCUAAAUUCCCAUCAAGAGAAACUUAUUCCUGUGUGGACUUUCAGCGAGCCUCAGGGGGCUCAGAAGUUCAAGACACCUGAGGCUCCAGCCCAAGAGCCCCCAGCAUGGGUUCAGACGCCCCCGGCAUGGAAUAAGAUGCCUCCAGCUCCAGUGAACAAGAAACCUAAGGUGCCCAGUGUCCCUGUGGCUUCUGUGAGCGACCACAGCUUGACGAACGGUGAAGAUGCGUCACGUCCCAAUGAACCUGUUCAGGUAAACCUAAAUUCCCAUCAAGAGCAAUUUUUUCCUGUGUGGACUUUCAGCGCGGCUCAGAAGUUCAAGACACCUGGGGCUCCAGCCCAAGAGCCCCCAGCAUGGGUUCAGACGCCCCCGGCAUGGAAUAAGAUGCCUCCAGCUCCAGUGAACAAGAAACCUAAGGUGCCCAGUGUCCCUGUGGCUUCUGUGAGCGACCACAGCUUGACGAACGGUAAAGAUGCGUCACGUCCCAAUGAACCUGUUCAGGUAAACCUAAAUUCCCAUCAAGAGCAAUUUUUUCCUGUGUGGACUUUCAGCGCGGCUCAGAAGUUCAAGACACCUGGGGCUCCAGCCCAAGAGCCCCCAGCAUGGGUUCAGACGCCCCCGGCAUGGAAUAAGAUGCCUCCAGCUCCAGUGAACAAGAAACCUAAGGUGCCUGAGGCUCCAGCCCAAGAGCCCCCAGCAUGGGUUCAGAUGCCCCUGGAAUGGAAUAAGAUGCCUCCGGCUCCAGUGAACGAGGUGCCUGAGGCUCCAGCCCAAGGGCCCCCAGCAUGGGUUCAGAUGCCCCUGGCAUGGAUCAAGAUGCCUCCAGCUCCAGUGAACAAGAAACCUAAGGUGUCUGAGGCUCCAGCACAACAGCCCCCAGCAUGGGUUCAGACGCCCCCGGCAUGGAAUAAGAUGCCUCCAGCUCCAGUGAACAAGAAACCUAAGGUGCCCAGUGUCCCUGUGGCUUCUGUGAGCGACCGCAGCUUCACGAACGGUGAAGAUGCAUCACGUCCCAAUGAACCUGUUCAGGUAAACCUAAAUUCCCAUCAAGAGAAACUUAUUCCUGUGUGGACUUUGAGCGCGGCUCAGAAGUUCAAGACACCUGGGGCUCCAGCCCAAGAGCCCCCAGCAUGGGCUCAGAUGCCCCCAACAUGGAUCAAGAUGCCUCCAGCUCCAGUGAACGAGAAACCUAAGGUGCCUGAGGCUCCAGCCCAAGAGCCCCCAGCAUCGGGCCAGAAACCCCCAGCAUUGAAUCAUAUGCCCCAGGCACCAGCCCAAACGCCACCGCCUCAGAUGACUUCAUUAGACCGUGUUGGGGGCAGUUUUGGCAGCUCCUUCAUGGAGGAUGUUGGUGGAGAGGCUACCUCUAAUGGUGGUGCUACUGAGGGUUCCUCAUCAGGGCCAGAGCACUACCUUGUUAUCACAGAGCCUUUGGGUUUUCAGACCCGCUAUGUGGUGAAGUCUUUCAAUCGUUAUGUGCGAGGGAAAAAGAUCUAUACCCAAACCACCUACAUCCCGCUAGAUGAUCCUCCUGCUUCUGAGCCUGCUCUUGUCCCCAGUCCUCCACAUGAAGCUCCGGUGGACCAAACUGUGAAGCCCACCCCUGUAAGAAAAGGAUAGGCUUGUCCAGUUGACCUUCUGUGCAGGCUUUGGACUCAUCCACAUGGAUAUCUGGGCUCUUGUUGCAUUAUGAAUUGUGGCUUAAAGAAUAAACUUUUCUUAAACUUA